AUGCUUUUUGGUCGCCUUCUUGGCGUGGCCGCACUGUCUGCCAUCGUCAAGGCUGUUGAGUUAUCAGGCUAUGAAUACAUCGUGGUUGGCUCUGGGGCAGGAGGUGGUCCUCUAGCAGCGCGACUCGCUUUGGCAGGUCAUAGCACACUUCUUAUCGAAGCCGGAGAUGACCAGGGAGCGAAUUUGAACUAUACUGUCCCGGCUUUCUCUGCAAAGGCUUCCGAGGAUGAAGCUCUGGCAUGGAACUUUUACGUCAAGCACUACACUGAUGAUGCUCGGCAAAAGCUCGACUUCAAGACAACAUACGAAACCCCCGAUGGCAAAGAGUACACGGGGCUGAGCCCACCCGCGGGUUCCAAAGUGAAAGGCACACUCUACCCCCGUACCGGAACACUUGGUGGUUGCACGGCACACAACGCUCUCGUUACCGUCUACCCUCACGACUCUGACUUUGAAUACCUCGCCACACUCACCGGAGAUGGCUCAUGGUCACCCGACAACAUGCGCAAGUACUUUGAGCGCAUGGAGAACAACCGCUACCUGCUCCCACUACUCAAGGGCCACGGCUAUGAUGGGUGGUUGAGCACCGAGACCGCACCACUAAGCAUUGUCUUGGAAGACCCCCAGCUCCUGAGCCUGCUGCUUGGCGGAGCAUUUUCCCUAGGCAAUGCGACCAAGUCGGUUUUCAACAUCGGCACACUCCUCGCAGGAGACGGAAACUCGGCCACAGACCACCGCGACACCAAACCAGGAUAUUAUCAAGUCCCCGUAGCUUCCGAUGAAGGCUCUCGUAACGGUCCUCGCGAGUUCUUGACCGCCGUUAGGGAUGCGAAGAACGCCGAUGGGUCUAAGAAGUUCCCACUUGACAUCCGUAUGAACUGCCAUGUGACCAAGGUCACCUUUGACGAGACUGUCACCCCUCCCCGUGCGACCGGUGUUGAGUUCCUGGACGGCAAGUAUCUAUACAGCGCCAGUCCCCGCUCCAAAACCGCCGGCAAGGGAACGCCGGGCUCAGCAGCAGCUUCGCGGGAAGUUAUCGUCUCCGGCGGCGUGUAUAACUCGCCCCAGAUCCUGAAGCUCAGCGGUGUUGGACCAGGAGAGGAGCUCCAGAAGUUCGGAAUCAAGGUUGUCUCUAACCUUCCCGGUGUCGGUACGAACCUGCAAGAUCACUACGAGACUGCGGUGCAAGGUCAAGCCCCUAAGGACUUUGCCGCCCUUAAGGGAUGCACGUUCAAUAAUGGUGAUAGUGAUCCCUGUCUUGACCGUUGGAAUAAGCCAGUCCUUGGUAACCACGGCAUUUACUCGUCGAAUGGAUUCGGAGCUGCCAUGUACUACAAGAGCUCCGUCACUGCGGAUGAUAGCUUCGAUGUGUUCGUGUUCGGCGGGCCCGUCAACUUCCGUGGAUAUUUCCCUGGCUACGCUGUCAACAUCACCGAGCACCCUGACUGGUUCACUUGGGCGGUCCUAAAAGCGCACCCCCGUAACACCGCUGGAUCUGUGAUGCUCCGCUCUGCCGAUCCGCUCGAUAUGCCUGAAAUUGUUUUCAACUACUUUGACACUGGCUCUGGUGACUAUGCAAAGGAUUUGCAAGCUAUCACUGAAGCUAUUCGUCUUGCACGUGGUGCCUUCGACCGUCAGUUGGUUGAUGUGUCUGAGAUCCUCCCUGGUGAUGAUGUCCAGACUGAUGAGCAGAUCCAUGAUUAUAUCAAGAAUACCGCUUGGGGUCACCAUGCUUCCUGCACUUGUCCCAUUGGAACUGAUGAUGAUCCUAUGGCUGUCUUGGAUUCUAAAUUCCAAGUUCGUGGCGUUUCAGGCCUUCGUGUUGUGGAUGCCUCUGUGUAUCCCCGUAUUCCCGGAACAUUCACUGCGGUUUCCACUUUCUUGGUGGGUGAGAAGGCAGCUGAUGUGAUUCUGGAGGCAGCGAAAGCGAGCCAGUGA